GUCAAUUUUCUACUCAUUUUUUUAACUUCAUUUUCUUGAUAAGAGCUGAAAAGUUUCAAUAUCUGAAGACAGUAGUACAUAUGUUUGAUAUGCGUUCUACGAGGAGUAAUUGUUUAGCGUAAGUGUGCGAUACACUGUACUACAUAUUCACAUAUAACCGAUUUGACUUUUCUUCAAGCACAAGCAGAUCAGUGGAGCUUUUGGUCACUUUCAAUUGCAAAAAUGGAGGGAAUGGAAAUUUUAUUCGGUGUAGUGAUUCCAGUUUUUGUUCUUUUUGGUCUACUCUAUAUAAUACUUUAUAUGAAGUGCAUGAGACCUUUCUGCGCCAAGCAAAUCAGAAGGAGCAGUUUUCGCCGGACGUCCUCCCUGGAGCUCCCCCCUUGCCGUACAUUCACCGAUUCUAUGCUUAAUAUCGACAUCCACGAAUAUUUGAAUGAUACCGAAGAAGAUCAAGAGCCGUACAGUCUGGACACAGCUAACGGAGAUUGCACUUAUGAAAGCAUGGAAAACAUGGAAGAACCACAAGAAGAAUCGUAUACCUUGGAUGAAACUGAGCUGGUCACUACUGAGCAGCUCGUUAGAGAUCUGGUGUAAGAUGAGAAAAAGUGAUACGCUCUCCUGUCUUUAAACGGCUAUGAUUAUUUUAAAAAAAUUAUUGUAAUAUAAUA